AUGUACAAUGACUUCCACAAAACUCUGACAAUACCGACUAUCACAGAUCUAAUGCCAUCAGAAAUCUUCCUACGAGACUCAUUAGACUUGCCGUCGAAUAUCAAAUUAGCAGAUUCUGAAUUCUAUCUACCGCGACUCGUCAAUUUAUUAAUAGGCUCGGGUGCGAUGUUAUCUUUACUGUCCGGUGGUCAAAUUGAUUUAUCUCGCGAAAGACAUGACGUGAUCGAGACGCUUCAACUUAACGUUCUUACAUUCGGUGUCUCUUCUUCAAUGUUUUUGGCGAUCCGCGUUAUUCAGAAACUAGCCGAAGACUACGCUUAUCCCAGAGCCACGGAGAUCCUUAAAUCUCAUCUUUACGUAGACGAUCUGCUAACUGGUGCCGAUACGAUUCAUGAGGCUAAGAUGAUUCGAGACGAAGUGAUCGAAUUACUAUCGCAAGGUGGUUUCGUCAUUAGACAGUGGGCAUCUAAUGAUGAACGCAUUAUUAACGAUUUAGAAAACAACGCGCUACACGCCAGCUUUACGUUAAAUACGGAUCGAGCUUUGAAAACUUUAGGUGUUACGUGGAACAACGAAAUAUGCUACUCCACUAGUUCGAUUAAAUGUUCAGAACGAGUAACAAAGCGAAAUAUCUUAUCGGAAAUUGCAAAAAUUUUCGAUUCAAUAGGCUUAUUAGGUCCGGUCAUUCUAUUCGCCAAAAAAUUGAUGCAAGAUAUACGAUCCGGAGUUCGAUGGGAUGAAUCCGUUCCGCAAAAUAUAUACGACGAAUGGCUGAAUUUACACGACAGUGGAAGCAAUAUAGGUUACAGCGCGUGCAUUUACGUACCCUCGAAGAGGAAUCAAGGUAACGUAAUGUCCAAUUUAUUAUGCGCUAAAUCGCGAGUUGUGCUAUUAAAGACUGUGACUGUACCACGACUCGAGCUUUGUGGAGCACUUUUGCUAGCACAGUUACAUCACGAGGUUACCACUAAAUCUAAUUCCUAG